AUGAUAAACGAUGUACGUAAGUAUUGUGGUGAUGAAAGUGGUGACGAUGGUGACGAUGGUGAUGACGAUGGUGAUGGUUGUGGUGGGGAAGACGACAGUGGCAAAAACGGUGGUGUUAUGAGGAAGUUGAUGGUGUCAACCAAUCUGCCAAUUAGUAUUCCUGUUAAUGUUACAGGAAUAAAAGAAAAAGGACACUGCCAUCUUGUAGAGCCUAAAAAGAGUAGGAAGCAAAAACAGCAUGACUUGUAUGUAAAGACCGACGCUGGCAGAGGUGCCGGUUUUCUCAUUGCUACCAAACCAGGACUUGUCAAACCGAGGCCAGACUUUGACAAGAUGAAAUCGCCUGGAUCCAACUUUCUAAAUGUAAAUUGCCAGACUUACGAGAAGCAAAUUCACUACCGAGAGUAUGCUGGAUGAGAACAUGGUUUCAUUAAUAUGGCUGAGUGUAUGAUAGUCUAUACAGUGAGCCUUAGUAAUGGGUAUACAAGUAUACCCAUUAUACACUUGUAUAAGGUGCCUUCUAGUUGGGAAGAUCUUUUUUCCUGUGAUGGUGGUACAUGCAGUGAGAUUGAAUUUGGUUCCAUGCUUGCCGGUGUAUAAAGUGCUAGGAGUCGGCCUUCACUUGCGCAUACCACAAGAUGGAUCAUUUAGUGCAUUUAAUGUGGAAGUUCAGGGUAACUCAGUGUUAGUUUGUGAGGAGUAACUCAAACAUAAUAACUAAUACAGCACAAAUAAGCUUGUGUGGGCCCCAAAGAGAAAAAAAUUAAAUAGGUAAUUUGUGUGGGGUGGGUAGCUU